CUUUGAGCUUAAAAUGCAUAGAAAAUUUGAUUAUUCUUGGUCGAUGUCAAAUUCUUUUUUUUUUUUUUGAUUAUUUUUACUCUUAAUUGGUGUAGAAAUGAUUUGGGAGGGGGGGUCUUGGACUUGAACUUUUAGGAGAUUUUGGAUUUUUAUUAAAAUUUUCUGUUAUUCAACUAAUGAUUUCUAAAUACCAUUUCAAAUCAUGUGUUAUGAACAUGAGAUUUACGUAAAAAUUAAAAUCAUUUGAAAUCUUUUGUUAUUUAAUCAACAAUUUACAUAACUCAUAUCAAAUCCAGUUGAAGAAAUCAAAUCAACCCUCGUGGCAUUUAAUUAAUCAAAGAUCAUGAACAACAUGAUCAAUCAAGUCCAAAAAUUAAAAGAAAUGCAUGUGAUGAACUCUAAUAAAAAAUUCUCUAAUUAAACAGUCUUAAAUUUUAUUCUUUUCAAUUCCAUUGAAAACCUAAAACCUAGCAAUGAAUCUACUCAUACACAAAAGCAUAAACACAAUUCAAGGAUGAAUCAUAAUUUGAUUAAAGAAAUAAAAACAUGAGUUCAUAAAGCGUAUCUCGUCUCCUAAAACUUUCAAUCUCUCUAAUCUUAUGAGAAACAAAGCUUCUUCUGCAAACCUGAUCCAGCGUGGUCAAUGUUCCAAUUUUAGUUUGGCUUUGGUUUUCUUAUUUUCUUUUAGUAGUUUGUAUUUUCCCUUUACGUGAUAAACAAGAUAGUGAGGUUUCCUUUUACAUUAUGAUUAUUUUAGCUAUACAUAACAUAAGAACUAUCCCAUAGCUUGUGAGGGCCUUUUAUUCAUUAUUAAAUCAAAUAAUCAUUUGCUCUUAAUUUAACUCCUUUUUUAUGGGGUAUAAUGCUCUUUUACUCUUGCUUUAGGCUAUAUAUCUUUCUCAACAAGCUCAACAUCAGUUGACUUGUUUGAGAAUUCUUAGACUAAAAAAUCUAAUCCUCAACCCGGUUACUACGGUUAAUUACUACAUCAGAUUGUGCAAGAUUUCAUCAAAAUUUAAUCCCUUAUAUAUUAAAGGAGAAGCAUUAUAAUAAAUGCAUUCACACUAUAAUAGACACGUGGCAGCCUCACGAUGAUUUGAUAAUAAAUAUGCUAAUACGUUCACACUACAUUCAUAAAUGUGUUCACACUAUAUACUUUAUAUUUUUAAUAUAAAACUCAUAUGCAAGGUUCCAAUAAAACUUUGGAUUUUUCGUUUCGAAUCAAAAAAAUAACGAAUCAAAAUCUAAACUAUAUAUAUAUAUAUAUAUAUAUUAUUUUUAUUGUUUACGGAUAAAGUCAGGCAAAAUAUUUCUAAAUUUUGAUUCCAUUCGUUAUCCGUUUUGAUUUGAACCAAAAAAUAUGGAUAUCUGUAACUCUACGAAGCAAAUCAGUUACUAAAAUAUAAUUAAAAAAAAACAAAUCACAAAUUCCAAUAUUUUUAGGUACGGAUAUCAAAUUCGUACAGAAUUAUAUAUAUAUAUAUAGUUUAUAUAAGUUUACAAUAUUUUAUGAAUUAAAUUUAUUAUAAUAGGUAUUAAAGUUUAGAAAGUUAAAUAAUAUUUUAUUUUGUAAUAAAAUGUUAUUAUUAAAAUUUUCAAUUAUUUUAUAAAUUUUAUUUUAUUUACAGAUCAAAUAGGAUAUUCUUUAAAAUUCUAAAUCAUUUCGGUUAUCAGAGUCACCGACUAUCUAGGUGGCUAAAGAUUGAAUCGACUUGAAUGCCUCCAAAUACCCAGAUAUUUGAUCUGUGCCCAACUCUAUUUACGGAUACAAUUGAUUUUUCUUUAUAUGAAAACAAUUCACUAAUGUCAAGGCCUUUUUAAUUUUUAAUUAAUUUUAAUUUUAUCUUUCAUGUAUUAUUUAGAACAAAAAUGUCAUUUAAUAUUAAUUAACAAUAUCUUUAUAUAUUUGUCAUUUAUUCUUAUAUACUUUUACAUACAAAUACAUGAGCACAUUAAUGUGAGCACCUUAUAAGUAUUUACCACCACUGAAGUAUCUAUUUUUUUUGGAAGUUGAAAUAUUUUUUUUCUUAAUGCUUCUUUCACUACGGACCAAAUUGUAGUGAAAUGAUUUAUCUUAAUAAUUUUCUUUUCUUUUUCUUGAACUAUUAUCCGCUUACAAACUAUGAUAUAAAACCAUUGGUUCGACAUGACGAUUAUCUUAAAUUUAUAACAUGAAAAUAAACAAAUAAUAGUAAUUUUUGAUUUUUACCAAAAAAAACUAAAAAAUCAAACAUUCUAACAGAACAAACCAAAAUAAAUAUUAAUUUAAAAUAAUGAUUAUAUUUUAGGAGAUUAAAAACUAAAAAAUAACUUAAAACCGAACCGAUAUCCAAAUUAAACAAAUUUAGCAUGUUUUUAUUAAAAAUAACAAAACUAAUAAUCACAUUCCGCGCAAGGCGCGGUUUAUUACCUAGUUUCUCAAUUAAAACUCAAUAUUUGCUAUCGUGGCGCACUGGCGCUUCGAAGAACGACACGGCUACUUUUGCCAAACACUAGAAUCCUUCACCCUAGGGUUUCAAGAAGCUUUACAACAAGCGGGUGGAAAACGCUUACCAGUGACUUACAAAUCAACAUGGUCUCUAUUGACUCUCAAUUAAAGUUUGUGAUCGAAGUUGUUUAAGAGUAUUUUGGUCUUAAGAAUAUACUCUUUAUCGGCUUUACAGCAUAAUAGCUUACUAGCAAUACAAAAAGAUUGUGACACAAAGUUUGUGAUUGAAGUUGUUGCCUUGGUGGAGUCUUCAAUGGUGUCAAUUUCCAAAGUAAAUUGGAUACUUGACAAUGAAACAUGAUGCUAUUGAAUGUUUCAGAUGCUUCUCCACAUAAUUGACAUUUUCUCCAUACCGUUCAUCCUCUCUUAACCAGCGCAUCUGCAAUUGAUAAGCUAGUAUGCGCAUUCUUCCACCAUAAAGUUUUCAACUUAGGAGGGAUAUAUCCAAUUUCCACACUGCUUUGUAAAUUCCUUCUUCCUCUUGUUCUACAAUCUGCCUGGAUUGAGCAAAUUUGGUGUGAGAGCUCAAUUGUACGUUCGUUGAAUUAGUAUCCUAACUUAACGAUGUAUUCUCCAUUACUUGUGAAUAUCUAGGACACGUGAUCUCUUACAUUAGUCAUACUGGGCUGGAUCUGCUUUAUUUUCUAGAUGUAUGCAUGAACAACAUAUUGUUCCAUGCAUGAGAAUUUUUAAUGAAAAGGUUUCACGCGUUAAAAAUAGCAGUGUGAUUUAAUUAUCAUAAUUACUCGAUGUUAAAUCUUAAAUGUAAAACGUUGAAUACUUUGGAGUCAAAUUAUUAUGAAACAUUAAAUUUAUCAAUCCCAAAAAAAUAAACUUAUCAAUCCCAAAAAAAUUAAACCGAUUGUAUUUUUAACAAAACAAGAAUUUGGACUAGGCAAAUUUUGGCUAUGUAUAAUAAAUUAAUAAUACUUGUCACCACAAUACAAAGUUCAGACAUGGAAACUAUCUGAUUGUUUCUGACCAAAGUAGGUCAGAGUUGACCCAUAAAUACAUUAAUGACAAAUAGAAAAGAAAAUGGUAUGAAAAUAAAGGGUAUGAUAUAGCCACAUUGUAGAAGUUUUUAUUUUAAUUUAUACAAAAGAAAUUCAAGUUUCUACCCAAAAAUGGGAGAGGUUUUUGUGCACUUAAAAAAUUUAAGGUGAGAUUACAAUAUUUUAUUUUAUGUAAUCUAUUUUUUCCUAAAACAUUUACCAUAAAUUUAUCGCGUAUUUACAAAAAAAAACGAUAUCUUACAGUUUUGCUAAUUUUCCUCUCUAUAAAAUGCUAUCGGUAUACUGAGCCCUAGAAAAGAAAUAAAUAAAGGUCUUGAGGGAGACAAUAAAGAUAGAAAGUCAUUUAUUUUGGCAGAAUAUUAUGGUCAAUGUUAUUAAUGCUAUAAAAUCAGACAAUUGUAUUGGUAACAAAGAGACACCAAGCCUCAGAGUCAAAGGAUCACAACUAAACAAAUAAGAAAUCAGUUUUUUUUUUACUAUGAAUCAAUAAGCAAAAGAAAUACUUUUGAAACUUUUCUUUUGCCCGCUGAAAAAUCAUGGGGUGUUGCCACUCAUUGUCGUCCGGGGAAGUUCCUCAACAGCGAGCCCACCAAAACCACGGAGAAGGAGAUCCACCAUUGACAAAGUUCUCCUUCUCCGAUCUCAACGUGGCCACCGAAAAUUUUAGUUUGAAAAAUGUUGUUUCAGAGAGCGGAGGAGAAUCGUCCAAUAUUGUCUACAAGGGCCGUUUGCAGAAUCGUGGCUUGAUCGCUGUUAAAAAAUUUAAUAAUAUGGCUUGGACUGAUCCUAAGACAUUUGUGGAGAAGGCGCAUAGAGUUGGGGGAAUAAAGCACAAGAGACUCGUUCAUUUGAUUGGAUAUUGCUGCGAAGGAAAUGAAAGGCUUCUCGUUGCCGAGUUCAUGCCAAAUGAUACUCUUGCUAAGCAUUUGUUCCGUCGGAAAAAUCAUACCAUGGAAUGGGAAGUGCGAUUGAAAGUAGCAUAUUCUAUAGCUGAAGCAUUGGAUUGCUGUAGUAGUGCAGGCUUUGCAUCCUACAAUAAUUUAAGUGCUUACUCAAUUAUGUUUGAUGAGAAUGGUGAUGCAUGUCUUUCCUGUUUUGGGUUAAUGAAGGAGACCAACAAUGAUCGAAAAGCAACCGGAAGUGUGAACCCUGAAAGUGUGAUGUUUAGAUUUGGUACCAUCCUUGUGGAUUUGCUUACUGGAAAGCCAAUUCCUCCAAGCCAUGCUCAUGAGACGAUACAUGGGAAAAAUGUUGCUGAGUUGAUUGAUCCAAACUUGAAGGGAAAGUUUUCUGCAGACGAAGCUACCAUAGUUUUCAAACUAGCCUUUAAAUGUCUGAAAUACGAGGAUAGAGAGAGUCGCGACACAAAACACAUUGUUAGAACACUUGAAACCUUGCAAACUAAAACAGAUGCUCCAUCUUACGCAAUGCUUGAAAUGGCACAUCAUAGAGAGUUAUCUGGGAAUAAACUUUCGCCACUAGGAAAGGCCAGUUUGAGAAUGGACCUCACAGCUAUUCAUAAAAUCUUGGUGAUAGCAGAAUAUGAAGAUGACAAGGAGGUGGUCGAGUUCUCUUUCGAAGAAUGGAUGGAGGAGGCAAAAUAUAUUCAAGAGGUUCGAAAACACGGUGAUCAAGCCUUCCUAGAGCAAGACUUUGAAACCGCCAUUAACUGUUAUUCUCAGUUCAUUGAUUCUAGGAGAACGGUGUAUCCAAGUGUUUAUGCGAGGCGUAGUCUAUGCUAUUUAUUCUGCAAUCAACCAGAUCGAGCACUUCACGAUGGGAUGAUUGCGCAAGAAGUAUUCCCUGAUUGGCCAACCGCCUUCUACUUGCAGUCUGUGGCACUAUCCAAAUUAAAUAUGAUCACUGAUUCUGCUGAUACUUUGAAAGAAGCAACUCUUCUUGAAGCAAAAAGACAGCGCCGUAAGCAAGAUUCUUGAUUUUGCUGAUCUAUACUUUUGUCCUGUGUAAACUCUGAGAUGAGGAUAUACAAAUGUUGAAACAUUUUACCUUCUUGCAGUGACCAUAUUUUGAAUUAGUUUUGUUUAAUUACAUUUCAAGAAAAAAUAUAAAAACAUAAAAGAUUUAUUUCCAUAGAAUGAUUUCUAAAGAGAAAGAUAGAAAAUAAUCAUUUACAUUUCGAAAUUUAUUGCACUUAACAGUAAAUUUUUUAUAAAUUAAUAAUAUUAGGACUUUGAUAUUUUAUUAUUUUACAAACUUUUCUUUUUAGAUUUUUUUUUUAUUUUAGAAUAUAUAUUUUAUAUAAAAUAUGAAAAUGGUUGAUUCUACCGUAUAUAAAUGCUAAAUUUUAUAUAUUUGACUUUCAUAUCUUCUUAUCAUACUAUUUGGUGUAUACAAAAUAUGCUUCCUAGAAUUUAAAUAUGAUUUUAGAUAUAAUUUUAAUAAAUAUUAUUCAAAUAUAUUAAAAUAUUAAUAAAAUAUAGAGAUAGUACAUGCUGAUUUUACCUGCAUAAACCCGGAUAAAAGCUGUAUAUGGGGCCAAGGUAAUUAUAGUUCAUUACAAGAGAGAUAAGUUGCCAUAAUAACGUUUAUGAGAUAACUAGGUCUUUUUGGCCUUGAUGGAAGGUUGCCUAGACGAUAGGCGAUGUGUCUAGACAGAUAUGCGAAUGCGAUGUGCCUACAUGAAUCUCUUCCUCCCUAGAUCCCUAGAUGAUAGGCGAUGUGCCGUUUUCCUUUUUCUUUAAGAGUUUUUGACCGCUUCUAUUUUCUUAGUGAUUUUUUUAAUUUUUAAAAUCGGCUGAAUUUUUUAUUUAAUAGACCUUGUUGAGGGCAAAAAAAUUCAGAAAAGGUAGGAAUUCCAUAUUAUGUUUCUUGUUCACUCACCAUUUACCAUUCUAACAAGAGGGAGAUGGAUUACCAUAACUUGAGGAAUCUCACUCUCUAAAAGAGAGAUAUCAUCAAACCUUAAUCCUCCAUUCUAGUGGCCAAAAACAAAGACAAUACAGUUAAAAAAAAAAAACGCAUUUAAGUAUUUAACAGUCAAGUUUACGUUCCCCUGUCUCUCGGUGUCAGAGAAUAGUAAUUUAUGAGUCACACGCACUGAUGAGAUGAAACUAAUGGGUCUAUGGUCAAUGAUGGGCUUAUCACUUCCAAGGUCCCACACACUGA